AUGCAGAUUCACGCUCAGAUGAUCAAGAACUCUCUCUUGAAUGAAGCUGAAGCAGUUGUUGAGCUGAUGGAGAACUACUUUUCAAUUAAAGAAGGGGAGGAAUACGCGCGUCUUGUGUUUUGGAACUCUGAUGCAGCUCUGAAGAAUUUGUCCGCAUGGAGUGCUUUGAUCCAAAGAUGUCACCUUUUUGAGUCACUGCCGCUAUAUGCGCAGCAAAUUAGGAUGGGCGUGAUGCCAGACAAAACGUCGAACAUCUGCGUUCUGAGGGCUUGCGCUCGGACUCUGGCUUUGAGAGAGGGCGUCCAAAUUCAUGCUCAGGUUUUCAAAUCUGGGCUUGCUUCCGAUAUGGCGCUUCAGACGACAUGCAUUCAUUUCUAUGGGAACUGUAGAGAUAUCGACUCGGCCUAUCACUUGUUCGAUGAAAUGUGUGAGAGAAGUUGUGUGACUUGGAACGCCAUGAUGAGCGCGUACUGUCUUUGUUUGCGGGCAAAGAAGGCCCUGGAGUUGUUCAAUAGGAUGUUGAGAGAGGGAGUGAAGCCAACGGAGAGGACAGCGCUGCCGGUGCUGUCUGCGUGCGCGCAGCUUGGCGAGCUUGACAAAGGCACAGCUGCGCAUGGCUUCAUUUGCAAGGCCAUUGUAGAUUAUCAUGAAGACUUGUUUAUAGGAACUGGAAUGGUGGACAUGUACUCAAAAUGUGGGAGUUUGAGCAAUGCUAGCAAGGUGUUUGAAGAAAUGACACAGAGAAAUGUGUUGGCCUGGACGGUGAUGACCGCUGGCUUGGCAAUGCAUGGGAAGGGCCAAGAGGCGUUGAGAAUGCUGGAGAGCAUGCAGGAGCAAUGUAUCAUGCCAAAUGCUGUGACUUUCACUUGCUUGCUAGCUGCUUGUUGCCAUGCAGGGCUGGUGCAAGAGGGCCUUCAUUUGUUCGAAUUAAUGCAGAUAAGGUUUGGGUUAAAACCACAAGUGCAACAUUAUAGUUGUGUCGUCGAUCUCCUUGGUCGAACGGGAAUGGUCGAUGAGGCGUAUGAUGUUAUAAGGAACAUGCCAAUCGAACCUGAUGCUGUGGUGUGGAGGACAUUGCUUAGUGCUUGCAAGAUGCAUAAUUGUGUGGAGCUGGCAGCCGAGGCGGCAGGAAAACUACUGCAGACGGAUCAGGCUUCUCCGGCGGCAAUUGAUACAUGUGAAGACUUUGUGGCAUUAUCGAAUGUCUAUGCAUCCGCCGAGCGGUGGGACGAUGUUUUAAUGGUGAGGAAGGAGAUGAAGAACUUGGGCAUACACAAUAAGCCGGGUUUCAGUUCUGUUCAUGCGCACAGGCUAGAUUGA